UUCAUGUGUAGUAUCUGUAUUGUUACAGCACAGCACAUCGAAAAGUGUUGUGGGAGAUGUCAAGAAUGUGACCAACGAAGUGUUGUUAAUGUUAUGAGCUUGGUAGAAAGAAUGAUAACUAAGUUUGGUGCUAGUUGUGCCUAUGGUCUAGGUGUGCUGUAUCUUUUCAAUAUAAUUGUCGUUGGGGAUACCCAGUUGCUUAUUAAUGUAAAAAAUCAGGGUGGCGACGUUUUGCAAGAAACAAUUUCAGCAAAUGUAUCAGAAGACAUAGUAAUAUUAGAAUUCCAGCGCUCUGAUGGAACACUCGUGACACAGCUUGUUGACUUCAGGAAUGAUGUACAAGUACUGAAGGCACUUGUAUUGGGUGAAGAAGAACGUGGCCAAAGUCAGUAUCAGGUUAUGUGCUUUGUCAGACAUUUUCACAAGGGAGACUUUAUAUCAGCAGAUGCAAUGGCUAAGCUUCGCCAGAAGAAUCCAGGCACUGUAAGGACACCAGAAGAAGACAGGGGACGCGAGAAUUUCACAAUGGAUUUGAUUGUUGAUGUGAACAAGAGUGGUGCCAUAUCACAUCAUAUUGCAGCUAUGUGUGGAGAAGCAUCUGAUGCUACAUAUACCAGAGAACAAGAUUUGCAACUAUGGGCAGCGCGUCCAGGUGCAUCACUGUCGGCACUGCUUGCCUCUGUCUCUAGGUCACCACCUGACGGAGGAUCACAGGCAGGACCUGUUCCCCGCUGCCUCGAAACUGCGGACCCUUGGCAUGCUUGCACUUGUAAUCUGGAGCUUUGUGUUGGGUGGUACCCUUGUGGUCUGAAGUAUUGCAAGGGCAAGGAUAGGGCAGCAGCCCUGCCUGGAGGUGGAUAUCGCUGUGGCAUUAAGACUUGUCGAAAGUGCAGUCUUCUCUCUUAUUAUGUGCGGCACAAACAGCUCUGCCUCUGGGAUGAAUGACCCAGGCCUGUUGCUGGCUGGGCCGGCACCUAGCACACAUGUGGAAUGCAGUAUUUCUCUCCAUAUGAGGAAGGUGUGCCACUCUUCGCACACAUUGUCUUCAGAAGUGUUGCUGCUUAUGUUCUGUGAGCUAUGAUCACUUGGAAUUUACCAUAUGGCAAGCUAUAGUCAUAUGUGAAUGUGGGGUUCCAAGUGGUAAUAAUUUUUUACUAUAGCAACACCACAUCAGUCCUAUGUUUUGCACUGGUGACGUCUAACAAAAUACAAGAUGUAAAUGUGUGGUGUGUCUGCAAAGAGUCUUAUACUGUUUUGUUAAACAGAAAUAUAUAAUAGCUGUGUGCUAGCAUAUUCUUUCAAGAUAGGGGAAAUUCAGAUAUGAGGCGGUGUUGUACGGUGACCACGAAGCACUGCGGUUAACAUGCAGUGAUAGUGCUGAUUCUUGGUAAAUUGCAUACAGCAUGCAGUGAUUAGCUAAACCAAGAAAGUUUAUGAGAAACUGCAUUAAAAUUGUUUCCUCUUGCUUCCAUUGUCUGUAAACAAACAUGUACAUAGUAUUGAAUAUAAACUGCUACUUUUAUACACUUUUUGUACAAUGAUAAAUAAAAAGAUUUUGUAAUUUAAAAUUAAUAAACUUUUGUGCCUAGAA